AUGAAUUUGUUAUACAAAAUUCUAAACACCUUUGAAGUAAUUGAUAUUGUAAAAAUCCUUUCGUUAACAAUAUGUUUUUACAUAUUUCGAUUUUAUUACAAAUAUUUUACUCGACCGAAUCCACUUCCUGGUCCAAUACCAAUUCCUUUGAUAGGAACAUUUGAAAUUUUCCGAGUUCAUAUAGAUAUUGAUGCAUGGUUUUAUAAAUUGGCUAAAAAAUAUGGACAAAAUGGUGUAUUUGAAUUAAAUCUUAUUGGUAAUAGACAAAUCGUAAUUACUCGAGCUGACUACGUUGGUAAACUUAUGAGUCCAUUAUCAGAAGAGCAACAAAGGAAACAUUUAAUGAGAACGGCCAAUAAUGGACUUUUAGAUAUGUUUGAUCUUGAUUAUAAAGGAGUCGGAUUAAAUCAUAGUUAUAAUUUUUGGAAAUUUAAUCGACAAAUUUUUUCAAAUGCCCUUAAGAUAGCAGUUCAUUCGGAUGAAACGGUUAAAAUAGUUAAUAAUUUAUUUGAAGAAAUGACAGAUUAUUGGAUGAAUUUGAGAAAAUUUGAUGAAAAUUCAGCAAUAGUCGACACAGCAGCUUGGAUGCGUAGAUUUACAAAUGAUUUUAUUUCUGUAAUUACAACAGGAGAUCGUACAUUUGCCAUUAAAAAUUAUCAUCAUAAAUUAAAGACCAACGAAGUUACAGAAGAGAUAAUGGAAUCAGAAGAGUUUGUUGAAUGCAUAAGUACCUUCUUUGAUGAUAAUCAAAUGAUAUUUAUACCAAAACUUUUAAGUCAUUUUCCUUUGAUCAAUGGACGUGUGAAUAAAAUGGUACAUACACUCGAUUAUGUAUAUAAAAGAUUGAUAGAAAGAAUUAGAAAAAGAAGAAAAGAAGUUGAAAAAGUUGUUAAGAAUAGUAAUUUUGAACCAUCACAAUUAAGAAAUAAUCUUUUAACGUCCUUGGUCAUUGCUAACACACCAUAUGAAACUACACCACAAAAAAAUGUUGAUCCAUCAUUAUUAAGGCCAAUGACUGAUGAUGAAAUACGUGGCAUUAUGUUUGAUGCAUUUGCGGCUGGCACAGAUACCAGGUUAUUGGAAGAAAUCGAAACGGUUUUCAAAGAUGAUCCAAAUAGACCAUUAACGAUGGAAGAUAUAAACAAAUUAAGAUAUUGUGAAGCAAUUAUUAAAGAAACGUCAAGAAUAAGGCCCACAGUCAGCAUGGUUUCAAGAUACAUUGAUCAACCUGAUGAAAUAGCUGGACAUAAAUGGCCAGCAGAUCUUUUAUUCAUCAUGUAUGUUCGUGGAAUUAAUAAUAAUCCACUUCAUUGGAAAGAUCCAGAAAAAUUUAUUCCAGAAAGAUUUUACGACGCUAGUGAAAUGGAAAAUCAACAUAGAUUUGCAUUUUCAAUGUUUGGUGGAGGUUUAAGAAUGUGUUUAGGUAGAAAUCUUGCAAUGAUGGAAAUGAAAAUUAUAUUGGCUUCACUUUAUAGAAAAUUUGAUGUCGAACUUGUAGACAUGAAAGCACCUCUUAAAGUUACUACUUCAACUGUCACUAUUUGUAAAAAUUUGGAUGUUAGAAUUAUUCCCAAGUAA